UCUAGAGGAUGGAUGGGGAGUCAGCACGUAUUUACUUCACCGGACCCAUAAAUUGUCCCGUUUGAUAGAACGACAGGGACUGAAACGACGCCUCGGGCUACUUCCAGCUUCUAACAAAGUCCCCUCCAGACGCUGAGACGGUCAUUGGGAAUCAGCAUCGGACAGAGGACAACACGGUCACCAUGUCUCGGCUUACGUACAGUCUCACCCUUCUCGCUGGACUUUUCUGUCAUGUCUUAUCACAAGGACCUAACAACUUCCGCAUUCUUGCCCCUGGAAAUCCAAUGGCAGACGCUUUUAAACCGAAUCAAGUAUUUCAGGAACCCUCACCGUGGAAUAUGCAUCGUUUUCCACAACCAUCAAAUCGAUUCAGUGGUUUCCAACACCCUCAGCAGCAUCAGCCAUCUAACAGACAGGCACCGAUGUUGCCGAGCCCUCCUCAAGUCCCUGCCAGCCCCAAAGCAGCUGUGGUCGCAGCAGCUGGUCCGAACCCCCCAGUCCCCGGCCCCGCGGCAGGUGGUCUCGUCCCGAAGAUACCAGCUAUGGUCACUCAGUUCAUGGGCAUGAGCAUACACGACAUCUGCGCUGCCUUGACAUUAAAGGGGACCGGAGCCCAGUCUGAUGCCUUGGACACGAUCGUCAAAAACAGAUUCCCAAAUGCAUCUGUGGUGACCGGGUUCCGAAACAGAAGCAACCAGAUGGAGUACAAGCAGAUGUUUGGCUCGGGUCCAUGGGCCUGUGCAUUCGACUUCUAUGCAGCUCGGAACCCAAUGGAAGUCGCCGGAGCAUUUUCGGAUCUCGUUGAUGGUGCUGGCUGCAACAUUGUUUGUGACAAAAUCCGUGGGCCUCGUAAGAUCGGCAUGAUGGGAAUGCUGGCAGCGAUGAAUGGCGGUCAAAAUCCCAUGGGACCAAUGGCAAAUCCCCUGGCUGCUUUAGGAAACCUGAUGAGUGGUAUGGGAAACCCGAUGGGCGGUAUGGGAAACCCGAUGGGCGGUAUGGGAAACCCAAUGGGCGGUAUGGGAAACCCGAUGGCAGGUAUGGGAAAUCCUAUGGGUGGAAUGGGAAACCCGAUGGCCGGUAUGGGAAAUCCAAUGAACGGUAUGGGAAACCCGACAGGAGGAAUGGGAAACCCGUCAGGCGGAAUGGGAAACCCGACAGGCGGAAUGGGAAACCCAAUGGGGGGUAUGGGAAAUCCAAUGAAUGGUAUGGGAAAUCCUAUGAACGGUAAUCCUAACAAUGGUGGGAACAAUAUGCAAAACCUUAUGGGAAAUAUUGUCAACCUGAUGCAAAAUCCGGGUCCAAAAUCGGGCGCUAUGGGAAAUGGAAGACCUCAAGGCCAGGGCCCAAACAAUGGACAUCAGUUCGUUCCCCCAUCCCCCCAGCCUCCACGUGGAAACAGAUGGGGACACCCUGGACCUUUCCCAGCUAGAGCCCCACUGCCUUUCCCCGACCCCAGCACACAGAACGCUGCCCUCUGGGGAAAGGAUCCCUUCCAGAUUACACCUCCCCAGCCACAGCCACAACAGCCACAACAGCCACAGCACCCACAACAGCCACAACAGCCACAGCACCCACAACAGCCACAACAGCCACACCACCCACAACAGCAUCAACCACAGCCAACAUCUCAGCCACAGCCCACCCAGGUGCCGUUCAACCAACAGAUGCCCCAAAUUCCUCUCCAUCAGAAUCAUUUCCCCAGCCAACCUCAGAACCAAAGACCGUCGCCAUUCCCACAGCCACCAAAUGUCCAGCCUCAACCUCAGCCACCUCAACAGCAGCAGCCACAACCACAGCCACAACAGCCUACACAGCCACAAGGACUUAGUGCCAAUAUGCCAAACUUGCCACAAAAUCAGGAUCCCAAAAUAGCCCCCCAUCUCUCCGAGGCACUGCAGAGGAUGCCCGAGCCACAGAGGACCCAGUUCGUAAACGAUGCCAUAUCAGCCUUCUUCAGGACACUCGGAAUACAGCUGCCGAGCCCCCAGCAACAGGCCAACAAUCACAGAGGGUGGUGAUGUCAAGGUCAACCCUGAUGAUUAGAUUGUGUGAUUCGGUCAGUGCCGACCGAAGACGUCAUGUCCAAGGCAACGACAGCAUCAGUAACAACAAGCUAGUGGACCAAUCAACUUUAAGCUCCAGAACGUGGGCUUUGUAUGAAAGCCAGGUGACUGAAUGUGUGCUUGCUCUUUAGUUGUAAUAAAGAGCUCAGUAGAUAGUA